UGCAGUCGCCGCAGCGUCCGGACCGGAACCAGCGCCGUCCGCGGAGCCGCGGCCGCCGCCGGGCCCUUUCCAAGCCGGGCGCUCGGAGCUGCGCCCGGCCCGCUUCAGCACCGUGGACAGCGCCGGUCGCGUGGGGCUGCGCCCGGAGCCCCUGCGCGCGCUGCCGCGCCCCUUCCCUCGGCCGACGUCCCGGGACCGCCGCUCCAGGGGAGACGUGGCGUCCACAGCCCGCGGGGCCGGGCGAGCGCAGGACGGCCCGGAAGCCCCGCGGGGAAUGCGCGGAGGGCCCCGCGUUCGCGCAGCGCAGAACCAGGCCCGCGGCCCGAGCCCAUGAGCACCAUGCGCCUGCUGACGCUCGCCCUGCUGUUCUCCUGCUCCGUCGCCCGUGCCGCGUGCGACCCCAAGAUCGUCAACAUUGGCGCGGUGCUGAGCACGCGGAAGCACGAGCAGAUGUUCCGCGAGGCCGUGAACCAGGCCAACAAGCGGCAUGGUUCCUGGAAGAUCCAGCUGAACGCCACCUCCGUCACGCACAAGCCCAACGCCAUCCAGAUGGCUCUGUCAGUGUGCGAGGACCUCAUCUCCAGCCAGGUCUACGCCAUCCUAGUUAGCCAUCCGCCUACCCCCAACGACCACUUCACUCCCACCCCUGUCUCCUACACAGCCGGCUUCUACCGCAUCCCCGUGCUGGGGCUGACCACCCGCAUGUCCAUCUACUCCGACAAGAGCAUCCACCUGAGCUUCCUGCGCACCGUGCCGCCCUACUCCCACCAGUCGAGCGUGUGGUUCGAGAUGAUGCGUGUCUACAGCUGGAACCACAUCAUCCUGCUGGUCAGCGACGACCACGAGGGCCGAGCGGCUCAGAAGCGCCUGGAGACGCUGCUGGAGGAGCGUGAGUCCAAGAGUAAAAAAAGGAACUAUGAAAACCUCGACCAACUGUCCUAUGACAACAAGCGCGGACCCAAGGCAGAGAAGGUGCUGCAGUUUGACCCAGGGACCAAGAACGUGACAGCCCUGCUGAUGGAGGCAAAAGAGCUGGAGGCCCGAGUCAUCAUCCUUUCUGCCAGCGAGGACGAUGCUGCCACUGUGUACCGUGCAGCUGCGAUGCUGAACAUGACGGGCUCCGGGUACGUGUGGCUGGUCGGGGAGCGCGAGAUCUCGGGGAACGCCCUGCGCUACGCCCCGGACGGCAUCCUCGGGCUGCAGCUCAUCAACGGCAAGAACGAGUCAGCCCACAUCAGCGACGCCGUGGGCGUGGUGGCCCAGGCCGUGCACGAGCUCCUCGAGAAGGAGAACAUCACCGACCCGCCACGGGGCUGCGUGGGCAAUACCAACAUCUGGAAGACCGGGCCGCUCUUCAAGAGAGUGUUGAUGUCCUCCAAGUAUGCGGACGGGGUGACUGGUCGUGUGGAGUUCAAUGAGGAUGGGGACCGGAAGUUCGCCAACUACAGCAUCAUGAACCUGCAGAACCGCAAGCUGGUGCAAGUGGGCAUCUACAACGGCACCCAUGUCAUCCCUAAUGACAGGAAGAUCAUCUGGCCAGGCGGAGAGACAGAGAAGCCUCGAGGGUACCAGAUGUCCACCAGACUGAAGGUGGGGGCCCCACAGACCUCCCUCAGUGUCCCCACCCGAGACAGCCCAUCCACCCCCUAUGGCCUGAAGGAGGGGGGUGCGAGCCCCUUCGGCCGGUUCAAGGUGAACAGCGAGGAGGAGGAGGAGGACGCACUGACCCUGUCCUCGGCCAUGUGGUUCUCCUGGGGCGUCCUGCUCAACUCCGGCAUCGGGGAAGGCGCCCCCAGAAGCUUCUCGGCGCGUAUCCUGGGCAUGGUGUGGGCCGGCUUUGCCAUGAUUAUCGUGGCCUCCUACACCGCCAACCUGGCGGCCUUCCUGGUGCUGGACCGGCCGGAGGAGCGCAUCACCGGCAUCAACGACCCUCGGCUGAGGAACCCCUCGGACAAGUUUAUCUACGCCACGGUGAAGCAGAGCUCCGUGGACAUCUACUUCCGGCGCCAGGUGGAGCUGAGCACCAUGUACCGGCACAUGGAGAAGCACAACUACGAGAGCGCAGCGGAGGCCAUCCAGGCCGUGAGAGACAACAAGCUGCAUGCCUUCAUCUGGGACUCGGCGGUGCUGGAGUUCGAGGCCUCGCAGAAGUGCGACCUGGUGACGACUGGAGAGCUGUUCUUCCGCUCGGGCUUCGGCAUAGGCAUGCGCAAAGACAGCCCCUGGAAGCAGAACGUCUCCCUGUCCAUCCUCAAGUCCCAUGAGAAUGGCUUCAUGGAAGACCUGGACAAGACGUGGGUUCGGUAUCAGGAGUGUGACUCGCGCAGCAACGCCCCUGCGACCCUUACUUUUGAGAACAUGGCAGGGGUCUUCAUGCUGGUAGCGGGGGGCAUCGUUGCCGGGAUCUUCCUGAUUUUCAUUGAGAUUGCCUACAAGCGGCACAAGGAUGCUCGCCGGAAGCAGAUGCAGCUGGCCUUUGCAGCGGUGAACGUGUGGAGGAAGAACCUGCAGGAUAGAAAGAGUGGUAGAGCAGAGCCUGACCCUAAAAAGAAAGCCACAUUUAGGGCUAUCACCUCCACCCUGGCUUCCAGCUUCAAGAGGCGUAGGUCCUCCAAAGACACGCAGUACCAUCCCACUGAUAUCACGGGCCCGCUCAACCUCUCAGAUCCCUCGGUCAGCACCGUGGUGUGAGGCCCCCGGAGGCGCCCACCUGCCCAGUUAGCCCGGCCAAGGACACUGAUGGGUCCUGCUGCUCGGGAAGGCCUGAGGGAAGCCCACCCGCCCCAGAGACUGCCCACCCUGGGCCUCCCGUCCGUCCGCCCGCCCGCCCCGCUGCCUGGCGGGCAGCCCCUGCUGGACCAAGGUGCGGACCGGAGCGGCUGAGGACGGGGAGAGCUGAGUCGGCUGGGCAGGGCCGCAGGGCGCUCCGGCAGAGGCAGGGCCCUGGGGUCUCUGAGCAGUGGGGAGCGGGGGCUAACUGGCCUCAGGCGGAGGCGCUUGGAGCAGAGACGGCAGCCCCAUCCUUCCCGCAGCACUAGCCUGAGCCACAGUGGGGCCCAUGGCCCCAGCUGGCUGGGUCGCCCUUCCUCGGGCGCCUGCGCUCCUCUGCAGCCUGAGCUCCACCCUCCCCUCUUCUUGCGGCACCGCCCACCCACACCCCGUCUGCCCCUUGACCCCACACGCCGGGGCUGGCCCUGCCCUCCCCCAAGGCCGUCCCUGACUUCCCAGCUGGCAGCGCCUCCCAGAGGCGUUCGGGCUCCCGCUGUCUCGGGCCGCCUCCUCCAGACUCGAGAGGGCUGAGCCCCUCCUCUCCUCGUCCGGCCUGCAGCCCAGAACGGGCCUUCCCGGACGCUGGCUCGGGACUGUCUUCAACCCCGCCCUGCACCUUGGGCACGGGAGA